AACCAAACAACGUCAAAGAUCUUUUGUAUAAAAACAUACCCAUCAAGGCACAAAUUUACAGUUUGGUAGCCUUGUGAGUGCCAAGAUGAAAUUCGCCGCAGUUGCCUUCGUUUGCCUCCUCAGUGCCUUCGCCGCUGCCGAAGAAGUUGAGGAAUUGGGAUAUGAUUGGGACAACAUCAAAAGCCUGGAUCUCUUCGUAGAACCCGUCGGUCCAGCUGAGUACGUUCCUCCCCAAUCCGGACUGAGGAUUAUCGGUGGAAAUGUUGCUGCCCGUGGUGCUUUCCCGUACCAAGCCGCUCUUAUCAUCAACAACUCCGGGUUCUGCGGUGGAUCCAUCAUCAGCAACGAAUGGGUUUUGACCGCAGCUCAUUGCGUUGAUACAGCCAGCUCCGUUCAGUUGAUCCUUGGUGCUCACAAUCCCAGAACCACUGUGAACGAGCCCACUCAAGUGAGGAUCGUCGCCAGUGCUCGCAUUGUUCACGCUCAAUGGGACAGAGCAAACUUGCAAUUCGACAUCGCUCUUCUUAGGGGCGCCUCCAUCCCAGUUGGGUCAGCCGGAAUUUCGGCCGUUUCUUUGGCUCCUGCCACCUCUGGUACCUUUGCUGGAUCCACCGCCGUUCUGUCCGGAUGGGGUAGGACUAGUGACGCUAGCAACACCAUCGCCUCUGAAUUGAAAACCGUUCAAUUGCCAAUUUUGACCAACGCCGUUUGUGGAAACACCUACGGAACCAUGAUUACCAACCAGAUCAUUUGCACUUCUGGAGCCGGAAACCGUGGAGCCUGCAAUGGUGACUCUGGUGGCCCAUUGGUUGUAAGCGGUGUGGAAGUCGGUGUUGUCUCCUUCGGAUCCAGACUUUGCGCUGCCGGAAACCCAACUGCCUACGCAAGAGUUUCCUUCUUCCGUAACUGGAUCAGCACCAACUCUGGUGUGUAAACUGUGAUUGCACAUGAAUUGAUAUUUGCUUUGUUGAAAAUGCUCUACUGAAUAUAUGCGCCUUUAUAUAAGUA